GACUAGCAUCUCAACAAUUCUCUCUUGCUUCAACCGCCUCCGCUCCGCAGACUCUGAACCUCAACAUCAAAUGGCAGCAAUUACCAUCGAGGACCUCCCGGUCGAAACCAAAGUGCACAUCUUAUCAUACCUAUCGCCAAAGGAGAUCCAGAGUGCCCGGCGCAUUAGCAAGGACUUCAAUACGAUUAUCGAUAACGGACAGAACUUGACGCAGAUCAGCAGCGUUGUUCACAAGCGUAACUUGCAGAAGCUGGAGGCCGAAUUCAACCAACUUUUCCAUGUCGAUCGUACAAACAAAGAGGAGUUCUUUGAAGUGUUCUCACGCUUUGAUCGACACUUUCGUCGAAUUCGAACCGGAUUCUCGGCGGCAGGAACAGCAUUCAUGGCGGCAGACCACUUCAUGCGGGAGUACCAGACGAGUUAUCCUGAAGGUGUGGCGGACGAUUUGUUGUCAGGGCUUGGUUUAGUUGCUAUCUUCUGCUAUCAGCGACGUUUCAGCGACUGGAACGACAACGAUUCACAUGUGGUCACUACAACAGUCGAAACAGAUCUCAUGCUUUUGUGGACUGCAGAGGAACUCCUUGCAAGACACCCGCUGAUGGAAACGUAUCUCGGAAUCGGAGUCGAGACAAUACACAACUGGUUGAGGAAGGCGAAUGAGCCAACGAACGAGUGUUUCACUAAGCACCUUAGCCAGGAACUUCCGAAGUCAGCGAUUGCGGAGCCGAGUGCAUUGACAUCCCUUAGCAUCGGGAGAGUACUCCUUACGCAAACUGAGACUCAGAUUAAGGUUGUGCAGCCUCUGGACGAUGGAGCACUCUGCAAACUCUUCGACCUGCCUCGCAUGGCGCGAUACAUCCGACCGUACAUUGCCUGGUGUAUCAAAGACGGUCCAGCCGUGGAGUACGUUGAAAAGAUCGCGAAAGGUGAGAUCAACAAUCCGCUGAUGAAGGCAUGGCUGCUGGAGGAGAUGUACUUGUACUGAGACCAGGCUUCGGUCACGAUCAAGGAGAACGCAAAGAAGGAUACACAAUCAUCGAAGUUGACAAGGUUUCGGGUGCAGACAUCGUAAUCGCUGUCAUCAGAUGCACGAUACCGGAGUAAUGGCUAAGAACCGAGCAACGAGCAGAAAGAGUACGCACAUAGGAUGUAGAACAGAAGCGGCUGAAGCCAGACCACGCUACUGGUAAUCCACUCCGAACCAAAGGACUCAAUCCAGAACAGGGGCUACGAAGGGCAACAUAUUUGUAAGG